AUUUUCCAAUCCAACAGAAUCAGAUCUAAAACUUUUGUUUUUAGUUUUUCUAUGUGUCUGUUUUCCUAUGUUUAUUCAUUCAUUCAUGUUUGUUCAACUUGUCUGUCUUUUCACCUCUCUUUCCUAACCCCUAACUACACUCUUAUUUUCUCAAACCAUGCACACCCGACCCAAUAAGAAUCUUUGAGACCUCCCCAAUCAAUUUUCAAUCUUGGGUUUUUCUCAUUCAACCAUAAAGCUUCCAACUUUCCAGGAAUCGGAUUCAGAUUUGCCUUUUUUUUUAUUAUCAUGGGUAGAGUUGCAGUGGGAGCUGCGGUUGUUUGCACCGCCGCCGUCUGUGCCGCGGCGGCGCUGGUGGUGCGCCACCGUAUGAUAAAUUCGAGAAAGUGGACACGUGGAUUGGCUAUAUUGAAGGAGUUUGAGGAAAAGUGUGGGACCCCUAUUGGGAAGCUUAGACAGUUGGCUGAUGCUAUGGAUGUUGAGAUGCAUGCUGGUCUUGCAUCUGAAGGUGGUAGCAAGCUUAGUAUGUUAAUCAGCUAUGUUGAUAAUCUUCCAACUGGGGAUGAGGAAGGACUCUAUUAUGCACUAGAUCUUGGUGGCACGAACUUCCGCGUUCUUCGUGUUCAUUUAGGUGGAAAAGAUAAAGGUGUUGUUAACCAAGAGUUCGAUGAAGUUUCCAUUCCUCCUCAUUUGAUGACUGGUUCUUCAGAGGGAUUGUUUGAUUUUAUAGCCGCAGCUCUUGCUAAAUUUGUUGAGUCGGAACCGGAAGGUUUUCAUCCUCCACCUGGCAGACAAAGAGAACUCGGUUUUACGUUCUCAUUCCCAGUGAAGCAAACAUCUAUUUCAUCCGGGACUCUGAUAAAAUGGACUAAGGGUUUCAGCAUUGAUGAUACCGUUGGCGAAGAUGUGGUGGGAGAACUAACCAAGUCCUUGGAAAAAAUUGGCCUGGAUAUGCGGGUUGCGGCUCUAGUUAAUGAUACAAUUGGAACAUUGGCUGGAGGCAGAUUCUACAAUCAGGAUGUCAUUGCGGCUGUGAUUCUCGGUACAGGGACUAAUGCAGCAUACGUAGAACGCGCACAUGCUAUUCCAAAAUGGCACGGCCUUAUGCCAAAAUCAGGAGAUAUGGUUAUAAACAUGGAAUGGGGUAAUUUCCGAUCUUCUCACCUUCCUCUAACCGAAUAUGAUCAAGAACUUGAUGCUGAAAGCUUAAACCCUGGAGAACAGAUUUUUGAGAAACUGCUUUCUGGCAUGUAUUUGGGCGAAGUUGUACGGAGAGCUUUAUUGAAGAUGGCCGAAGAGGCCGAGUUUUUUGGCGAUACCGUCCCUGCCAAGUUGAAAAUUCCAUUUAUACUUAGGACACCUGACAUGUCUUCCAUCCACCACGACACUACGCCGGAUCUGAAAGUGGUUGGGUCCAAAUUGAAGGAUAUAUUGGAGGUCUCUAACACGUCACUAAAACAAAGGAAGAUCAUUAUUGAACUUUGUGACAUCGUUGCUUCUCGCGGUGCGCGUCUUGCUGCUGCUGGUAUAUUAGGAAUCCUCAAGAAAAUAGGAAGAGACACAGUCAAGGCCAGGGAGAAGCAAAAGUCGGUGAUAGCAUUAGACGGAGGGCUGUUUGAACACUACACGAAAUUCAGAGAUUGCUUGGAGAAUACACUGAAGGAAUUGCUUGGAGAUGAAGUGGCCGAAACAGUUGUCAUUGAGCAUGCAAAUGAUGGUUCAGGCAUUGGAGCCGCGCUUCUAGCAGCUUCACAUUCCCUGUAUUUGGGAGUCGAAGAGUCAUAAUGUUAUUGCCAGGGUAAUUAAAGACCUGUAAUAUCAGUUUCAUAUUUUUUUUGUUUGCAUACGAAAUCGAUCAACACGAUGAAGAAGCUAUCUGUGUGACCAUGUCCACUGUGGGGAUGCUCCUGUGUUGGUUACUGGGAGAUUCAUUAUUUUGGUUGGAAAGUUUGUGUCUCCCUCUUGUUUUAAGGAAUAAUAUGAAUGUUAUGAACAUAACUUUGAGUGUAUCAUGUUUUGCGGAAUGUAGCCUGUUUUCAACUAUUAAUAAAAUCAGGACUAUGCAUUGACAA